AUGACGGAGCGCAUGGGCAUGGCGGAGGAGAAGGUGCCAAUGGACGAGCAGCGCGAUCUUUUUGUAAAGAUGAUGCGCCAUACGUCGCAGACCGAUGCGCCACCCUUUGACGAGCGCAGCAGCACAACAGUGAUCGAGUCGCUGUAUCAAGUGCUCAACCACAAUGAGCUGCCAGGAUCGAUGGGCAGCGUCUUCUUUGUCGGCUACGAGGGCUGUGGAAAGAGCUCAAUCAUUGACGAACUCAUUGGAUUUGAUCUGCUGUCCAUGUCUCGCAACCGAUGGCGUAUCAUAUCAAUCGAGUGCGUGCGCACCACUGGCGAGUCCUACUUUGAGUUUGUGCAGGGCGGCUGGGGCAACGGUGGACGCUUCUACGACCCCGUGCUCUUUGCCAAGAAGAUGGGCGAGAUGUGCCAGCACUGGGGUCCGCGUGAGGCCAUCCUAGAGCAGCCUCUCGAGAUCAUCGUCGCCUCGCCACACCUGCACAACGUUCGUCUGAUCGAUCUGCCGUCAAUCAGCUACAAGGCAGAGUAUGGCGACUUGUCCCCACUGAUCGUCCAGCGAGCACAGACACUCUAUGCUGCCGUCGACCCGUCAUUGCAGAUGGUCGCGCAUUGCCAGGAGAUCUACCGUGGCUCAGAGAUGGCCGAGGGCGACAAGACAGUCACGAUGCGCAUUGACCCAUUCACAAAGUCAACAUUUGGCAUUCUCACCAAGCUGGACAACUUUUAUCUCGAGCCAAAGCAGUCGGCUGAGAUCAUAUCCAAUCGCAAGAUGCAUCUCUUUCACGGAUGGAUUGGAUUCCGUGGCAGGAAGGACACUGAGAUGGGUCUGCCCAUCGACAUCAACACACUCAAUCAAAGUAUACGCGAUGAAAUCCAGACGGUCUACAAUUGCACAGUCAACUCUGGUCCAAAGGAAUGUUGGAACAAGAUAUUCUCAAUAUAUAUCAAGAACAAUAGGGAACAGAUAUUGAAUUAUAUUCAGAACAGCGUUAAGCAGCUCCACAAGAGGACGCUGAGUGUUCUUACAAUGAUUACAAACAUAUCGACAUCAAAGCCAAGCACGCUACUCAAACAGUUGACACAUCCCAACUCGAGUGAAUCAGUUGGAAUGAACCUUUACAUCAAGAAGGCACUGGAGAAUGAGCUGUACAAGGCACUGGAGCAGGCGUUCACCGAGGUGUUCAAGCCCAAGGAGAUGCCCAGUCUGCCCGCCAUCAAGCGGUACUCCGACACAGAGUACCUCGCGCAGUUCAAGGAGCUGACGCGCUUCCUCUCGCACCCAAUCCCCAUCAAGAUCUCCAACACCAUCCACCCAAUCAAUCAUUCACACUACAGCCAAGAGUGGCUGCCCCUGAUCAGCACGGCGCAGAGCGCCAGCGACAACAUCUUCCAUCACCUCCAGCACCAGACCUCGGUGCUCAAGGCGCACUUUAAGACUAGCCACGAGGGAAUUGUCAACGUCAACGUCAAUGCCAAGAAGGAGGGCAGUCGCGAACAGGUGAUGGAGUUUGAUAACUGGAAUGCAAUGUAUCGACGACUUAUCCAAAGACUGAUCAAGAGGCGAUGGCAUACACAGACGCCAACAAUAGUGAUUGGAGCACUCAAUCGAUACUUGACGAUGUACACACGUGAUCAGCCAGUAUACGUCGAGCGAUUCUUCUUGUCAGAGAAUGGACAGACCAUGUCAUCCAACAUCGACACCAGUAUAUUUAUGCAUCAGAUCUUCAAAGAGCAGACGCCAUCACUCUCAUACGAGGAGUUCCACAUGGCAAUCAAAGAUAUCAUCAAGGAUGAUAGGAAGUUGAUACCAUUCUCAAACGACUGGACAUUAUUAUACCUACGAGCAGUAGCGAUAAAGAUAUCCAACGAUAUAUAUAGAUGUUCAUUGCAGAAUCUGAUAAUACCAACGAUUCUUCAAACAAAUCAUUCAUUGAACAAGUUCCUAAAGCAUCCAAACGAGUCAUCAAGAUCAUAUGUCAUAUCUUUGGAGAAAGAGAUUAUACCAAAGGAGCAUGCUAUUGAGACAAUCAAGAGAGAGUGUUCAUUCGAUGUAAUGACCGAGUCUAACCUUCCAAAGAUAACCUCUGCUCUAUCAAUAUUAAAAGAGGAAUGA